GAGCCCCAUUGUAGAGAAAAUGGAGUGAAGAUUAGCAGCGUAGAAGAAGCUAUACAUAUCCAAAGAGGGAAGAUUAAUGUUAAUUAGUGAGUGGUGAGGAGUAUGUGGAGAUGGAGAAAGAGGAGGGAGAGAUGCAGAAGAAGGAUGGGCCUUGGGAGAGGUUUCUGUGGAGGAUCGCACAUAGGGUUCUGCUCAUCAAAGCUGAUGAUUCCACUUGACAGAUUAUCCCUGCACUUCUCUGGAAAUGCAGCUACGAAGGCAUGGGAGACAUUGAAGGGGAGACCUCAUAACAUUGAUCUUGAAUUGACUGAAGUGGAGCUUCCAUCAAUAUUCGGACUUGCACUACUUACUUUAGUCAUGGAACAUGUAUGGAGAAGGCAAACUAAAUUAAUUGCUCCACAUCAAAAAGUUGAAGACACAUCUCGAAAUAAUGCGGCAAGAAAUCAUUCAAAUGAUUGUGUAGCUUCUAUGCAGAAAAAUAUCAAAUGCAGUGAGAAAGGGAGUCAUGCUCAAAUGAUGGCUGAAGUUGAGGCUCUAGCUUGUCAUAGAGCAGUUGAAUUUCCCAAGAAAAUUCAGCUAAGUGAAGUCAUUUUAGAGGGGGAUGCAGAAGUCAUAAUUCAGCAGCUACAGAGCUGUUGGCUGGAUUCUAGGGGAAAAAGAAAAAAAAAAAUUCCAUUCAACAAGCUGAGCAUGAGGAAAAUUGAUUUGGGGUCUGUGAAGGAACUUAGACAUGGAUCCUGUGCUGCUGGUCAAACAAUAAGAAGUAGUUUAUGAAAUAGUGCAGUAGAUAAUAUUUAUGGCUUAAGUAUGGGAGCACAGUUCCACUAGAAGAGUAAGUGGUCACUUUAUUCAUGAUGGAUCUAGAAGACUGGACUCUUUUCCUUCUAGCCAAAACGAAGCAGCUCUCACAAAGUUCCGACUGAACCGGGAAGAUCGGUUCUGUGAGAAAAAAAGCUAAGAGUGGGCUUUUUCCAUCAACUGCUUGCUGCUACCCUAAGUACGUGGGCUUUUCCAUCUACUACUUGCCGCUACCCUAAGUCCUUUUCUGUUCUCUAUGGACAGUCAUUAAUUUUUUCUUCUAACAGUUCUUUAUCCCAGUGAUUCUUGUUCCUGUAUUAAGCUACAUUAGUAGUUCCAGCUCUAAUUUUUAAGUCUUUCCCACUGCUCCCAUGAA